UGAAACUUUGGAGAUAUAUCAGAGAAUUUUUAUUUCAGGUGGGUUUUGAAACUUGGAACCUAAGCGAAGUUCUGAUAUAAAUUAUCCAGGUGAAAACUUUGACUAAGUAUUAUCUUCCAGAAUAGCAUUAUGUCGGCCCCUGCAGAUACAUGUGUCAAAUGUAAGGACUCGUCAAAAUAUGGUCUAGAAAUACACACAGAGAAAGAUGGAUGUGUCAAACGUAAGGAUUCAUCACACUGUGAUCUGGGAAUACACACAGAGAAAAAUGGAUGUGUCGGACGUAGGGAUUCAUCAAAAUGUGAUCUGGGAAUACACACGGAGAAAGAUGGAUGUGUCGGACGUAGAGAUUCAUCAAAAUGUGAUCUGGGAAUACACACAGAGAAAGAUGGAUGUGUCGGACGUAGAGAUUCAUCAAAAUGUGAUCUGGGAAUACACACAGAGAAAUGUGGAUGUGUGGAACGUAAGGCUCUAUCAAAAUUUGAACUGGGAAUACAUACAGAGAAAUGUGGAUGUGUCGAAUGUAAGGAUCUAUCAAAAUUUGAUCUGAGAAUACACACAGACAAAGAUGGAUGUGUCGGAUGUAGAAAUUCAUCGCAAUGUGAUCUGGGAAUACACACAGACAAAGAUGGAUGUGUCGAAUGUAGAGAUUCAUCGCAAUGUGAUCUGAGAAUAGACACAGAGAAGAAUUCUGAUGCGAAACCUUUCAGAUGUGGAAUGUGCUUGAAGUAUUACUCGUCUAAGUGUAAGAUUAAACAACACAUGUGGAUACACACCGGUAAAAGGCGAUACUAUUGUGAGGUGUGCAGACAAGGCUUUCUUCACAGUGGUUCCUUGAAACAGCACAUGGUCGUCCACACUGGUGCCAAACCUUACAGAUGUGACAUCUGCGAAAGCUGUUUUACUCAUACAUCCAGCCUUAAAAGACAUAAGCUCAUUCACACCGGUGUUAAGCCUUUUAAAUGCGAGGUGUGUGCAAAAUGUUUCUCUAAGCAAUUCAUGUUGAAACGACAUAUGUUGGUUCACACUGGUGUUAAGAAUUUCAAAUGUGAGGUAUGUGCAAAAUGUUUCUCACUGAAUGCGAACUUGAUAAAACAUAAGAUGCUGAUGCACACUGGUUUUAAAACGCCCAAUACUGUUGAAUGUGAGGUGUCUGCAAAAUGUUUCUCAGAUAGUUCAAACUUGAAAAAACAUAUGCUGAUUCACACUGGUGUUAAGAAUUUUAAAUGUGAGGUGUGUGCAAAAUGUUUCGCUUACAGUUCCGGACUGACGAGGCAUAUGUUUGUUCACACUGAGUAUAAACCUUUUAAGUGCGAGGUGUGUGGGAAAAUGUUCUCUGAAAAGCACGUGUUGAAUCGACAUAUGAUGGUUCACACUGGCGAUAAACCUUUUAAAUGUGAGGUGUGUGCAAAAUGUUUCUCAGAGAAUUCCAGCUUGCGACAUCAUAUGUUGAUUCACACUGGCAUUAAACGGUUUAAGUGUGAAGUUUGUGCAAAAUGUUUCUCACUCGGUCAUCAGUUGAAACAACACAUGUCAGUUCACACUGGUGUGAAACCUUUCAAAUGUGAGGCGUGCGAGAAAGGUUUCUCAAAUAAAUCAACACUGAAACAACAUAUGUUGGCUCACACUAGUGAUACAAAUGCUAAAUGUUAGGUAUUUUCAAAAUGGCCGCCAUUGAAAAAAAACAAUUGGCCAAUAUCUUGGCUCCCAGAACACAAAUACUUGGAUUUAAGAACUUUGCUAAUCCGAUAUUUUCACAUCCAAGGAAUUAAAUACACAUAAUAACAAUAAUCUAUAUUUGUGUUGUAUACUUGAAAGUAAAAUAUGGGAACCAUUAGAAGGAUGCUUGUCUGAUAACAGCCGUAACCUAAUGUACUAUUUUAUAACAACACAUGUGGUAGUUGUUGUGGGGUUGUUGUUUUUUUUGGGGGGAGGGGGUGUUUUUGUUUUUUGUUUUGUUGGGUGUUUUUUUUUUG